AUGGAUGCUCACAGUUCUAGCAGAUCGCCUUCGGUCGAUCCAGAGCCCCGGAGAAUACCCGUUGCGUUUCUAUCUUGGCCCAUUCCUUUCCGCCGGAGUAUUCCGAGAGAAAUGGCUUAUUCAGAGGCGAGACUGCGCCAAGUUGAACUCCUCUUCAAUGGGGGAGUCAGUCGUUUUAGCGUUCUUCCUGUCCAAUAUAACCUCCGUGAGCGUGGAACAAAGCGCCCCGAAAUUCUCGCAUCCUGGCUGGAUGACUCCAACGAUGAAGACUAUAACCCAGACAAGCAUCGAGACCGAAAGAAACGGAAAGGUCCUGUGUCUCGGUCCGGGGGCACAAGUUCUCCAAUGGUCAGGAAGUCCCAGAGUUUGACUUUCUUGUCGCAUACAGAUGAGUUCAAUGACCUAGGAAGCCCGUUGGACCCCUCUAGCUAUCACAGCGAACCUGAACAGGACCCCGAUAUUUGGGACCAUCGUUGGACCGUCGAUCCUACAACAUCUCCCAAUUCCCGUUACCAACUGCGUCCCCGUACCCAAGCUCAGUCAGAAAGCCCUACAAAGACCAAAGCCGAGCGACGGAUUGUAGCCGGCGCUGCCAUCUCUAAAUUUGCCUCUUCUUCGGUGGCCCAAAAUACCAACGAGCCUCUUCGAGGAUGCAAGGCGUGUAGUGAAAUCAACCAGAACUGCUCUCUCGCAACGGAUCCUGAUCCAUUUGCAUACCCGUGCACCGAAUGUGAAGAAGAUGGUUUUGACUGCAUGGUGAUUCCUGAGCCCAGGUGGAAGCGAUCAUGCGAAAAGUGUCGCAGCCGACAUGGACCGCCAUGCUCCUACCGGUUUGCCGAUUAUGACCAUGGGGUGGCUUGCCACUCAUGCCUUAACCACGGAUAUCCUUGUGUCGCUGGGCCGGCCAAGUACGUACCCACUACUCGGAUGUUUGAGGCCUUCGAAGAUAGUGAUGUGGACAAUCCAAGCACCCAAGAUGCCGACGAUAGCGACGAUGACGAUGAUUCACUCGGGGAAGCUGCACUCGAGAACACCAAGUCCUCCAAACCUCACGAGCUGAGUGCCUUCCAAUCAACCACCAUCUCGGACAUAUCUUAUAGAAACAAUGACACCUUCAAUGACGACGACGAGGAAUUGGCCAAUACCAUUAGCCGAGAAGAAAAUCUAGCCCCCAGACCGAACAGCUAUGAUGAGGCCGACGAGCAUCCUGCAACAUUCGGACGAGUCCGUCGAAUUCAAACGGAGUUUGCACACCCUCUUCACUUCCCCAAUGAUCGGGAUACGCCUAACGUGGGCCCAGAUUGCCAUUGGUGCCACAACUUUGCGUACGGAAUCGUUGGUCUCGGCAUUCGCAACCCAGAAGUUAUUGAUUUUGGCACCAAGAUGAUUGAAAUAGCAGAUGGACACACCGGGGAAGGCAAAGAAGAGACCCGUAUGUGUAUGCAGUGUGCUGUUGGCAGAAUAAAGAUCAUUCAAUGCACACAUGGCAUCAUACAUCAUUUGCCCGCAGCAGAUGCAGAGCAGAAUGCCUUGGAGGACAUCACAGAGUGGGAAAAUUUUGUUCAAGCGUGUGAUGCUAUCGUGGACCCUCAGACGAAUGCCUCUGGCCCAGCUUUUUCGACCAAUCGUCAAUGGUGUACCUUGUGCCGUACGCUCGCUGUCUGGGCUUGCGAAACACCUCAGUCACGCCGUAAAGUCUCCCCAGAGCCUCGCACCAGUCCAGGCCCCCGGGCUCGACGUCACGGCCGCUCCGAACCUCCUUCCCGCUCUCGCCACCCUGCAUCUUCAAGCCGGAGCAGCUCGUCACCUUCUCCGCCCAGAUACGUGCCUGCUCAUCUGCAGUUUCAGUCUGAGGCCGUGACUGGUGGCCGUUCGCCUACACCCGCCACCGCGACCGCCGGACUCUCCCUCUCAAGCGAGCACUCCGACAUGCCCUCCGACACUCGAGAGGAAACUCCUCUGAACACCGAUGGCCGCUCUCCUUCUCCCGGCGAGAAGCGCCCGGCAUCUGAAAUCACUGACUCCGACCCGGAAGGAGGCGUGAGCACGAAUCUGAGCAGUAAUGCGCGUACCUCUGGGGAUCAGGCUGGCGCAGGCGAUAAAUCUGCGGCUUCCACCGCUUCGCAUCCGGAUACCGAUGCGUCUCCUGCGAAUCAGCAGUCUGGAUCGCAAUCAUUGGAAUCAGACAAGCCGACGAUCGAUGAGCAAGUGGCGGAAGUGAAUGCGUUGAGGAACCAGCCACUGAAGAAUGGUCAGAAGGGCUAUGUGGUUUCCAUGGGAUGGCUAAAGAAGGUGCUGGCUAGAACUACCGCCUUCGCAGAUCAGGUGGACAAGGAUUCCCAGGAAGCUGAGCUUGGUCCUAUCGACAACAUGGACAUUGUGCUCGAUACCGACCCCGCCACUCCCAGCUUCAAGGACGAAUCGGACGAAACAUUUGUGCCGAUGCGCCCUGGAUUGCAAGCCGAUCAGGAUUUCGUGGUGGUUCCCCAGCAAGCUUGGGACUUGAUGCGUGGCUGGUAUGGCGUUGUCGACCAGUCACCUAUCAUUGUUCGAUACGCCCACAGCACGAAUUCACCCGGCGAAGACGAGACGAUUGAAUACGAGACCAACCCUCCAAUCUUCACAAUCUUUAAAUUGACUAACCCUUCUGCGGGAACUACGCCAGCAACUCUGAAAGAAAAGGAUCUGCCAUCCGUUAAGAUCUUGGCCAGUCGUCAGUCGAAUUAUCGGAAAUGGCUAACGGACGCAAAAGAACAAGCUGGAAUCGAGAUGUCUACCAAAGUCCGAGUGUGGAAGAUCCUUCGUUUCCCUCAGAGCACGAAUGGUUCAACCGCUACGACCCCCGCCGUUUCCCGUAGUACUUCACCCGCUCCGGCCUUUGCACUUGUUCCCAGCAAGACUGAUAAGCUUCUCAUGGAUCUGAACGUCUUCCUUGGUCUUUCGGAGGGAAGUCAGCGAGAAUUGCUUGAACAGGCCAAAGAUCAGACCAACAACAUGAACUACAAUGGUCGCAUGAAUCUGGUUGUGGCCGGUCUCGGAAAUGCAGAUUGUCUUGUCCUGGAGGAGCAAAUUAGUGGAACGAGGGGUGGUGAAUGGGUGUCAGAGGCAUCCGCAAAGACCCUGAAGAAUCUGGGAAUUCCAGUGAACCAACCAAAGACGCUCACCAUCAAGAUUGCCGAGAACAGUCCACCGGCUAGUACGGCCAGUGGUAGAUCUACUCCCGCUGGGCGGACUCCCAUCAAAGGAUUCAAUGCUCGAGGCCGCAAGGGCCGAUCAAACAGAGUUCUGGGGCUGGAGAAUCUUGGCAAUACCUGUUACCAAAAUUCAGCAUUGCAAUGUCUGCGAGCCGUGGAGGAGUUGACAUACUAUUAUCUCAGUGGUGCAUACAAAGGCGAGUUGAACCUUGGAAACCCUCUCGGUUACAAGGGCGCAAUCGCCAAAGGAUGGGCUACAUUGCUUGAUCAGUUGUACAAUUCAGAGGGAGAGAGAUUCGCCAACCCCAAACGCUUCCGUCAUACAAUCGGUCGUUUCUACGAACCUUUUGCUGGCUGGGAACAACAGGACAGUCAAGAGUUUGUCAUGUUCAUUCUUGAUGCUCUCUCAGAGGACACGAACCGCAUUGCAAAGAAGCCAUACACGGAGAUUCCUGAUUCUACCGAUGAGAUGGUUCACAAUCGCAAGGCACUGGAAGAGUUUGCGCUGAGAUCGUGGGACAUUUACAAAUCUCGUAAUGACUCAAUCAUCACCGAUCUGUUUGCUGGCAUGUACAAGUCAUCUGUGUGUUGCCCAGAUUGUCAGAAGACGAGUAUCAUUUUUGAUCCUUUCAGCACUCUCACACUCCCAAUUCCUGGUCCUCCGGCCGUCAUCACCAGGAAGGUGACUUUCAUUCCUCUUGACAGCCAUCCUGUUUGCUUGAGCGUUCAGCUGGAAGCUUCUCUCAGUUUGAGAGGCUGGAAGGAAUAUGUUGGCAAAUGGAUGGGUGUCGAUCCAGGUCAGAUUGUUGCGGGAGAAGCUCACCACGGCUCCUUCUGGCAAUUGUUCCUUGAAGAUGAAGUUUCUUUCGGCUCCCUUCGCACCAAGAUUGACGACCAGAUCCUGUUCGCCGACGUCGGUCCUAUCGAUGAAGAAGGUAUUCUCCUCCCUAUCUUCCAUCGCAAGAACACUUCCCGCAAUGCCAAAAACAACUUCCGCGAUCUGUUUGGUCUUCCAUCUUUUAUUCACCUGUCCCAGGCGGAGUCUCAUAAUCUUGAAGCAAUCUACCGCAAAAUUCUUCGCUCUGCUGCUAACAUGACUACUCGUGACAUUUUGAACGAGGAUGAGGCCAGCAAGGAAGAUCAAGUCACAGAUGACUCGGACACAGUUGUUACCACAGAAGAUGACGCUCACUCGGCCGACUCCAAGAUCAAAACCUCAUCUGUGGAAGGCGAAGACAGUCUCGUGGACAUUUCCAUGCAAGACGCUCAGACCCCAAAGAGUGGCAAUGAUACGGAAGACUCCGCUUCAGACUCCGACUCUACGGAUCUGCCUGAGCAUCCCCUGGCAGGCAAAAUCUCCCGAGAGCUGCUCAGUCUGUUCGAGACUAAGAUUCUGAUCACCAAGUCUCCUCUGCCCGAUGGACGCAAUCUAGGCCAAAUCAGAAACAAAGAAUUGCCUCUGAUUUUCUCUCGUAUUCCAACUACCGAGGGUUUGAAGAAGGGCUCUGAUUCUGCGUCCCAUGUUUCCGCUGAAGACAACAUUGAUGAUUACAGUGAUACCGAUGGAUCGGAUGCGGAGACCGCAAAGGAGGAAUCUAUUCUUCGCCAAGGCGAUGGCAUCGUGCUGGAUUGGACAAACGAAGGCUUCAAUGCCCUCUUCGGCGGCAACCAGCGUGACAAUGAGGUUCGAGGCCAGCCUUCAUACAACAACCUCAAGGUUCUCACGGAUUCUGAGGCCAUCGCCAAGCGUCAGCAGCAGGUAAAGGCCAAGGCCGCCGGUGUUACUCUCGAUCAAUGCCUGGAUGAAUUCAGCAAAGAAGAAAUCCUUUCCAAGGGAGAUGCUUGGUACUGCCCUCGUUGCAAGAAACAUCUCAAGCGCUUUACCCAGGCUCGUAGCUUCCGAAGUAAGCUUGACACCUUGGUUAAAUUCCCCCUUGAGAAUCUGGACUUGAACGGGCGAGUGGAAGGUCCUGCGGAUGGCAAGAGCCUGGAGUAUGAUCUUUUCGCGAUUGACAACCACCUCGGUGGGCUGGGUGGUGGCCAUUACACGGCAUACAUCAAGGAUUUCCUGAGUGGCGAAUGGAACCAUUGCAAUGAUACCCACGUUCGCCCUGUCACACAACUUUCCUCUAUGAUUUCCUCCAACGCCUACCUCUUAUUCUACCGUCGUCGUUCCGCUCGCCCAUUGGGAAAUGAGGAACUGCAGGAAUUGGUCGAGUCUUAUAAGUCCCCUUCGGCUGAUGCUGGUGAUUCUUCUGAUUCCCAGUCACCGUCGGGGGACGGCCUGGGCGCCUCCUCUCGCAAUGGCUCUUCGAGCGUCUUGGCCGCAGCCGGAGUAACUCCCCAAGCAGGAAAUGGUGGUCUGCGCGCCAGCAAUGUGGGGACGGAAGAGAAUGAUGAUGACGAAUACUCUACAGACGAUGACAGUGACACUGGCUUCGAAAAUGGCGAAUCCGAAGGUAUGACUCUCACCAACAACGAAGAUGAGUCCGAUCACGAGGACGAGGGAGUCCCGCCCCAGGACCCAUUCAGCAUCUUCAAGGAGCCUUCCUGGUCCUUCGAUCAAUUGACCGAAGCUCACGACAUGCCACAGAUGACUCCACUUAAUGCCUCUCAUGAAGAUGAUGGGCUUUUCAAUGACAACGACAGCACCGUUGCAGUCGGCGACGAAAUGGACGUGGACACUCGCCUCCACGACCUUGAAGAUUCCAUUUCCGCGGGUCCCACACCCAAGACCGGUGCCUCUUUUGAGGAUGUUUCCAACCUGAUGGAAGAUGAGUCCUCCGACGAACUUCCCGUUGUGGAGUUGCGUGUGGGCGAUGAGGACAAGAUGAUUUCGGAAUAA